CCUAGCUCACAAACACCAAGAAAAAUAAAUGAAGACAGAGAGCUUGGCUUAUCCAUUGUUUGUCUCGUCAAUGGUGUUGAGAGCUAGUCAGAAAUUUCAGCGAUGGUGGGAUUGUCUGUAACUUAAAUCAUCACAAGCAGUUAUCUCUUUUCCAUAUAUUUUUAACAGUUGACACACUUCUACAUAAACAAAAUUUCAAUCAUUUUCAGAAAAAAAGAGAAAGUAAAGCAAAAAUGAUGAUGAAGGGAGAAAUGUGGUCCAAUCUAGGCUCAACCAUGGCAGCCAUAAUGUUCAUUUAUGCCAUGUUCCGACAGUACUUCCCGCCUCAACUUCAGGACUAUAUCUCUCGAUAUAGUAAAAAGCUGUCGAAUUUGAUGUAUCCUUAUGUUCAUAUAACCUUUGAUGAAUUCACUGCUGAAUGGAUGAAAAGAAGUGAGGCCUUCUUGGCAAUUCAGAACUAUCUCAGUGGCAGGUCAUCUGCCUAUGCUAAGCGACUUAAGGCUGAUGAUGUUCAAGAUAGUCAGUCUUUUGUCCUUAGCAUGGAUUAUGGUGAGGAAAUCACUGAUGAGUUUAAUGGAGUCAAGGUUUGGUGGGCUGCAACUGUAAGAUCCUCAAAACCACAACAGUUUUCAUCUUAUCCGGCUUCCGAUGAGAGGAGGUUCUACGUUCUAAAGUUCCAUAAACGUGACAGGGAUUUCAUCACUGGGACUUAUCUCAUUCAUGUCUUGAAUCAAGGGAAGGCUAUUGCAGCUGAUAAACGGCAGCGGAAGCUGUACUCCAACAGUGCAGGCCACGGUUGGUCUGGUUUCAGAAGUACUAGAUGGACACAUGUAGAUUUUGAGCAUCCUGCUACAUUUGAUACUUUGGCAAUGGAUGCAAAAAGGAAACAGGAAAUCAAGAAGGAUCUUAUCAAGUUUAGCAAGCGGAAGGAGUACUAUGCUAAGAUUGGAAAAGCUUGGAAGCGCGGUUAUCUGCUUUAUGGUCCUCCAGGAACUGGCAAAUCUACCAUGAUUGCUGCCAUGGCUAAUUUUUUGAAUUAUGAUGUGUAUGAUCUUGAGCUUACUACAGUUAAGAAUAAUGUAGAACUGAGAAGGCUUUUGAUUGAGAUAUCAAAUAAAUCUAUCAUAGUGAUAGAGGAUAUUGAUUGUUCUCUUGAUCUUACUGGCCAAAGAGAAAAGAAUAAGAAGAAAGAUGAGAAUGAAGAGAUGGAUCCAGUUAGUAAGAGGGCAAAAGAAGAGGAGAAAAAAGACAGUGAGGUCACUUUAUCAGGGCUUUUGAAUUUUAUUGAUGGACUUUGGUCUGCUUGUGGGGGUGAAAGAAUCAUUGUAUUUACUACCAACCAUGUUGAGAAGCUUGAUCCAGCUUUGAUAAGGAGAGGAAGAAUGGACAAGCGCAUUGAAAUGUCCUAUUGUCGUUUAGAAGCAUUCAAGGUGCUGGCAAAGAAUUAUUUGGGCAUUGAUACUCAUCCACUUUUCGGAGAAAUUGGCAGAUUGUUGGAGGAAACAGAUGUGACUCCUGCUGAUGUUGCAGAGAAUUUGAUGUUGAAGUCAGAUGAUGAAGAAGAAGAUGAGACUUGUCUGAAGAAUUUGAUAGAAGCCCUUAAGGCUGCAAAGGAGGAAGCAAGAAAGAAAGCUGAGGAAGAAGCUCUUCUGAAGGCGGAGAAAGAACAGAAGGAAAAGGAACAAGCAGAGAAAGAAGAAAAGGAAAAGGAUCAAUCUGUUAAAGAGGAUGUCAAACAAGGUGCAACAUCAGCCAAAGAAGUGAAAGAGAAUGGAUUCAUCCAUUAACUGAUACGGCCAUCUUCAUCUUCAGUUGGUUCCUACCAAUUUUCUUCCUAUAUGUAUGUUAUGUCUCUGCCUAUCCAUAUCUAUAUUUAGUCCAAAAGUAGUCUUGCAUAUAUUUGCUUCUAAUGGCUGCAAUAAAAUUUAGAUGGGGGUGAUAUUCAGGUGCUCCAAAUUUAAUUUUCUGCACUGAAGUUUCAGAAUUAGUUUCGAUUUCAACUUUGUUUAACCCCAAAUUCCGAGCUCUUUUUUUGAAUCAGCAUAAGUUCCUUUCAGAUCCAAUUUCUAGUUCUUUCAAGUCUAGAGCUUAUGCAAAUUUGAGGCAUCAGGUAUAGACAUAUUGUCAAUUUGUUAUACAGGGGAAGUGGUGCCAUUGCUAAAAAAACCAAUUAGGUUUCAUCAAUGUUGCUCUGUAAGAGUGCCUCAAAAGCUUACCAUUCACUUCAGAUAAUUGUAAUGACUCUUCUUUCUUUCUAAGGGCCUAAUCAAAAUGCAAAGCCAAUUCUUAAUCAUGCUUGUGCAAGAAAACAAAAUUUCUGGAAUCUUGCUUUGAUUAAAGUAUUAAGAAAGCAAUAAAACAGAAAUUUUCUUUCAGUAGCCAACAGAUGAAGACAAUACAUAUUUUAGUUUAUAAAAUCAUCAAGUUUCACAUAUAUUUGCCAGCUUUCAGUGCUGUAUUGGUCGAUAUUAGUUGUAAUCAACAUAUUUAACCUCCCUAAUCACCUUCAUGCUACAUUUAAAAGCAUGACUACAUUUUUUUAGUUUCUGUAAUUUUCUAUUAUUUCCCUUUUUGUUUCCUUUAUGCUAAAAAAUUUGAGUUCUUUGGGAUAACUGAUGUCUUUGAAAGCUAAGUGCUGCAUCUGUUUAUUUUCUUAUCUAGUGAGAAGGCACCAAAAGAUAUUAAUUUUCUAAGGAAGUGGAAAAAGAAGUUAAGGCAACCUUCAAUAUAAUAAUAUGUUUAAGGCCACUUGAUCUAGUUCAAAUGAUCCUUCAUGUUCCUUCAAGGAAUUUUACUGAUGACUCCAUAAUCCAAAAAUGUCAGGUCCAUUUCUUACUUUUAUGCAAUAAUUUUGUAUUAUGAUGAUGAUUAUGAAGUACAAGUAUUACCCUUUUAUUGUUUUCUGCUACAAGAACUAAACUUUGUUUAUUGCUGCCCUCAGCAGUUUACAUAGUGAUGAAACACAGGGCCAAAGGAUGAUAUCAACAUAUCAGCUGAGAUUUAUUAGCAUACAUUAGAAGUUUACCUAGUGGUGAAACACAGUUAGGGGUGUGAGUCAACAACAAUAACAGUAAAAUAGUUUUCACAGAGUGGUGAAAUAUUUAGAGCAAGAGUGUAACCCAAUGGAAAUGAUAUUCUAGUUUUUGACAUGAAGUGCAUUUAUCAUUAUAAUUACAUGUCUUUCUAGACAGGGAACUUGGUGAAAGGCACACAAAAAAUAUCUUCAAAAGCCAGAAGUAGAAAAAUGGAAAUCUCAUUACAGGUUGGUCUUUUUUCUAUGUACAUUUUAUCCUAACAGGUCAGACAACAAUUUCCCAUAGAUAAAAGGUCAUUAUUUAGUUCGUUGGACAAGUUCCACGAUAACUCUUUCUGGUGUUACCCAGUGACUGAUAUAAAUUUGACCAAAAAAGAAACUUGAACUUAACAUUUGCAAUAUUGUCAUACAAAUUGUAUGUUUGGUCACAAUUUGGCUGCCUGAGCAUUGAGAACACACUUGGAAAGUGUUUUUCUUUUAAAAAAGAACAUAAAGUUUAACGUAUAGUAGUUUUUCUUUUUAUUACUUCUAUAGUAUACAGAAUCUGAUUAAUAUGGACACAGCUAUCCCAUGAAAUUGUUUUCUGUUCUUCCCAAAGCUCAUAGCAGGCAUCUUUUUCCUUAUUGAAUACAGAGAAGUAGCUUCAUGUGU